AUGUCGUCGGGCAACGAGUAUGACGCCUUCAUGGGCGCCGAGAUCACCGGGGCAGCUCCCCAGCAGAACGCACAGCGCUCGUUCUUUUCCUUCGGGGGACCAGAAGAGGAGGCGACGCAGGGCACGCCGGCGGACCAUGCGCAGACCACGCCCGGCGAGAGCGAUUUCCUCGGCAGCUUCAGCGGGCCCGGAGACGACAUCUCCUUCGCUGGCCUCCUGUCAGAGAAGCUCUCGCUUGGAGGCGCGCCGUCGCCGCAGCACCCGCCGCCGGGCGCCGGGCCCAGCUUCAGCGACCGCGCCGAGAUGACGAGCUCCAUUCUGCACAUGUCGGGCAUCGACGACAGUGGGGACGGCAACAACGCUGCCGCGAGCCAGGGGCGGCCCUCCGCGGGGCCCUUCGCGUUCUCCUCGCCCUUCUCGCCGCACCCGCAGCCCAUGGGCGUGCACCCUGGCUUCAGCGGCCCCCCGCCGGCGCAGAUACAAGACAUGAUGUCGCUGGAAGACAUCGAAGCUCGAAUGGCCGCGGAUUUGGCGCCGCCGAACGCCCCCGGCCCCGGCGGCCUGCCGAACCUGCCGCUCCCCACGGGCCUCCUCGCGGCGGAGGACGAGGACCACGCGGGGCGGCCAUCGGGGGGUGUCCCGCUCGUCCCGACGCAGCUCCGCGGGCAACCCCCCCCGCCCGGACCUGCCGUCGUCGCCGUGCAGCCGCCGCCGCCGCCAGGCCCGCCGCCGAAGCGCGGCUGGGACACCACGCUGCUCGAGCAGACAGAGCGCGCGCAGCGCGUCGUGCAGGCCGUCAGCGCCGCCGAGCGCUCCGGCCGCGGUCCCGGGUUCAUGCAGCCGAACAAGCGCCCCGCGCCGCCCACACUCGGCCCGCGCGGGGGCCGCGGGACGCGCUUCGGCCGGCCGAUCAUCUCCGGCAAGCUCAUGCGCGCGCACGAGGUCGACCAGCUGCUCCGGAUCAUGUGGACGGCGGUGAACGCCAACAGCGUGCCCUACGCCGACGACUACUACUACCAGGCGUGGGCGGAGCGGCGCGGGGUCCGGACGGGGAAGUUCGUGCCGCCGGCCAUCCGCGAGCUGCCGUCGUCGGAGCGCGCCGGCGGCGGGGACGUGGUGUUCGUUGACUUGCACGGUCUGGGCAAGAUGCCGUUCACCAACAUCCGGAGGCCCAGGCCGCUGAUGGACCUGUCGCCGGAGGAGUUCGGGGACGCGGGGCGGGACGCGGAGACCGCGGCGAAGGACGCCGGGAGCCGCGAGUCGGCCGCGCGCAACCUCAAGGCCCUCGACCGGGACCCCCUCAUGGCUGCGCGCGUCAUGAUCGAGGACUGCAUGCAUCUCCUACUGGACGUUGACGACGUGGACCGCGCCCUGGCUGCGCCGCAGCUGCCUGGCGGCGCCACGCGCGAGACGCUCCUCCAGCAGCGCGUGCUCCUCAUGCGCGGCCUCGCGGCCUCGCUGUCGCUCGCGGACACCCCCGCCGUCCCGCCCGAGGCCAAGGGCAGCGGCGACGCACUGCUGCAGCGGUUGGCGGCGAUGCGCAAGGGCCGCACGCUCUUCGCGACGGCGAUCGCGAAGCUCUUCCCCGCGGGCGAGGUCGAGGGCCCGCCGGAGCAGGCGCCCGGCGGCGACGCGUCGCUGCGCGUGCUGUGGGGCGUGCUGCGCAACGCGCGCGCGAUCUUCCGACACACGAACCUGCUGCCGCUGCAGGGCGACGAGGUGCUCCAGCAGCAGCUCGCGCGCGAGGGCGACCUAGCGGGCGUCACCGCCGCGGUCGCCGGCGCCAUCGUGGGGUGUGUUUACCGCCUGUCUGACGCUGGCGCCGUCGUCGACACCCUCGAGGCGCUGCUGUCAGGCGACCUGCCCCCCGCGCCCGGCUGCUCCGUCGUCGACCUCCUGCUGCCGCUCCGCCCCGAAGGCAACGACGAGCAGGCUCCGUGGCUCGGCGCCAUCCUCGCCGCGACUCUCGAGCAGGUCAACCACACGGGCGCGGCGGAAAGCCACAAGGAGCGCUUCGACGCGCUGUUCCAGCGGUUCUACUCGCUCCUGCGGCAGCACCUCGCGACGAUCCUGCAGGUGUACCGCGCGGCGGAGGCGCAGGGCAGCGAGGAGGCGGUGCUGCGCGCGCGCAGCGAGGUGCCCCUGAACGUGAUGCUGCCGCUGGCGCAGGCCAUGAAGGGGCACCUGCGCGAGGAGGACUCCACGUUCCUCGCCGAGGCGGUCACGGAGCUGUUCGCGUCGGACUGA